AUGUACGGUGACUCUCCUCCGCCUCCAAGGACGCCUGCUCCUUAUCCAGAGGGCGAGCUCAUUUACAACUGCCUUGGCCGCAACAUAGUCCGACAUGGCAACACCAUCACAAAGUACACAACGCAUCCCGAUGGCAUGGGCGCCAACGAUCAGCCAAACGAGGCGCGUGUAUUAAAAUUCGUCAAAGAGCAUACUACGAUACCAGUACCUGACGUCAUCAGUAGUGAUUGGGAUCGUAUUGAGAUGGAGUACAUUGAAGGCCAAACAUUAAAACAAGCAUGGCCCUCACUCAACCAGGAAGAGCGCUCAGAGAUACUCGCCCAGCUGAAGGAUUACAUCGCUCAGAUGCGCGCGCUAAAGGGUACUUAUCUCGGUCGAUUCGACGGCCAAGGCGUUAUCGUCCCAAGCAUGAUGACUCGAUCGGGCGGGCCUUUUCACACCAUUGAAGCAUUCCACGACUGGCUUGUUCGACCGCCAAAGCGAAUUACCGAGCAGUCCAUGUACUGGCACCAGAUCACGACGCAACUCGCGAAUGACUGCCCUAUUGUGUUUACGCAUGCCGACAUCUCAUCCAGGAACAUCAUCAUACGCGACGGUCGGAUAGUUGCGCUCUUGGACUGGGAAUGGUCGGGUUGGUAUCCCGCAUAUUGGGAUUACGUGUUUGCGCUGAGAGGUCUGGAUAAGAUCGAUUGGGGGACGCUGGGUAGUCAAGUGCCGUCCCUGUUUGAGAAGCGCUAUGAUCUCGAGUACAUAUUGGUGAACUUCAUCACUACUCUGUCAUAG